AGGCAACUGCGUUUUCAGUCCUUUGACUCCCAACUUCUCUCUCUCUCUAAUCUCUCUAUCUUGAUUUUGACCCAUUUUUCCUUUUCCUUUGCUUGCUUUUCUACCCCUUUUCUUCUUCCUUUUUCUACUACCAGAAUUAUACUAUAUACUUCCCAGUAUUUGCAAAACUAUAAUUUCACUUCAUUCUCAAAUUUGCUUCUUUCUUCACUGUUUUUCACCCAUUUCUUUUUAUGGCUUUCCUCCAUUGUUAACAAAUUAAGCUUCCUUCAAUUGGAUCCCUAGAUUUUUCAACCCACCAAACCAUUUUUGUUGAAAACUUGGGUAAUUGGAAAAAAAAGACAAAAAAAGGAACACCCUUUUGUCUUCCUGUUCACAUUUGGGUUGAACAAUUAGAAAUAUUUUGUGGGUUUUUUUUUUUUUUUUUGUCAUUGAAUUCAUUUAUUUGGGUUUGAAUUCUUCAAAAUCACUCCUCCUUUAAAGUUGUGACCUUUUUGGGUGAAUUGCUUGCUUUAGGUCUACAUUGGCCUAUUUUCUAUGCUAAUUGAGUUUGUUUUGGGUGUAAAGCAAGCCUUUUGUUUGCUAUUCUGUGUUCUGAAGGAAGAAGAUCAAGGAGGUUAGAUUUGAUUUCAUCAUCUUGCUAAAAAGCAGGUGAAGAUGUGUAGAUUGUACAAAUUAUAGAGUCUAUUAAGGGCAGGCUGAGCUAAUCUGGCUUUGGUAUUGAUAGAAGAUUAGCGAUGUCAUCCAAUGGCUCAUUGAGUGCAAAACUUUCACAGAAGACAGCUCUGGGUCUGAAGCUGUGGGUUUUAAUUGGUUUAUGUGUUGGUUUGUUUAUAGUUGUUAUUCUUUGUAUCUUGUCUGUAUGGGUCACAUUCCGGAGGAAAUCAAGAAGGCGGCUGGAUAGGUUCUCCCAUUCUCAGAUUCCGAAUGUUACAAAGGAUAUAAGGGUUGAUAGAAUUGGGGCGCCAGUUCCUCGUGAUCGUCAUGAUAGCUUAUCUCUCCAUGUACAUGAUAAAUCGAGCGACAGAAAUUCAGGAAAGAUGUUUGCUCAUUUGGGUAGGAGCAAGUCCAGUGAUGUCGACACAAUGAGCCAGUGCAGUUCGAUGCAUCCCCACGAUAGGGCGUAUAGCUCACAGUCUGGGGAAGAUGGAAGUUUUGGCACUAUUCCGAAGAAUGCUUCAUUAUCUUAUGGCGUUGUUACAGCUUCUCCUUUAAUUGGUUUGCCAGAGAUAUCACAUCUUGGUUGGGGACACUGGUUUACUCUUAGAGAUCUUCAAAUGUCAACAAAUCAUUUUUCUCCAAAUAAUAUUAUAGGGGAGGGCGGUUAUGGUGUCGUCUAUAAAGGGUUGUUAGUCAAUGGAACCGAAGUAGCUGUUAAGAGACUUGUCAACAAUUUGGGACAAGCCGAGAAAGAAUUUAGCGUAGAAGUCGAAGCAAUAGGUCAUGUUCGACACAAGAAUUUGGUGCGGCUUUUGGGCUAUUGCAUUGAAGGAGUUCAUAGGAUGCUUGUUUAUGAAUAUGUCAACAAUGGCAACUUGGAAGAAUGGCUUCAUGGAGCUAUGCGUCAACAGGGUACCCUUACUUGGGAGGCUCGCAUCAAGGUUCUUCUUGGGACCGCUAAGGCGCUUGCCUAUCUGCACGAGUCAAUAGAACCGAAAGUUGUUCAUCGAGACAUAAAAGCAAGCAAUAUUUUGAUUGAUACUGAUUUCAAUGCCAAAGUUUCUGAUUUUGGAUUGGCAAAGCUCUUGGAUUCAGGAGAAAGUCAUAUAACCACUAGAGUAAUGGGGACUUUUGGGUAUGUGGCACCAGAAUAUGCAAAUAGUGGGUUGUUGAACGAGAAGAGUGACAUUUACAGUUUUGGCGUUUUGCUUUUAGAAGCCAUAACUGGAAGGGACCCUGUAGAUUAUAGCCGGCCUGCCAAUGAGGUCAAUCUUGUAGAAUGGCUAAAAGUCAUGGUGGGGACUAGAAGGUCUGAGGAAGUCGUGGAUCCAAACCUUGAAGUAAAACCUACAACUCGUGGUCUGAAACGUGCUCUUCUGGUAGCUCUUAGGUGUAUAGAUCCUGACCCUGAAAAAAGACCCAAAAUGAGUCAGGUUGUCAGAAUGCUAGAGGCUGACGAUGUUCCGAACCGCGAGGACCGUAGGAACAGAAAGAGCCGUACAACGAGCAUGGAAUUUGAGAUUGCAAAGGAGACCUGUAGCUCAGUUGGUGAUGAAAUUAGUAUUGUUAAAGUGGAAGAUACUAAUAGCCAUGCACCCAGUACAACUGAAGGAUAGCAUCGGCUGUAACAUGGCAUAGCAAAUAUUGGUCAUUUCCUCUAACCCAGAACAUAUAUAUAUAUAUAUGAUGCAGCCACUGAUGUUCAUGCUGAACAAAUACUUACAAGUAACAACUAUUGGCAUUGGUUCCAGCUUUCCUGCUUGAAUACUGGUGCCUCCAUGGUAAAAAUCGGUUCCGGGAUCUUGCAGAAUGACAUGUUUCUUUAUUUGACUUCCAGGAAGUGAGACGGCGGAAGCAGGUUGGUGAGAAACACACUUCUCUGAUUGGAGAUGCUACCUGGAGAAGAGCACCUAUGUACAGAUAUGAAAAUAGUGAAAGAUCUUGCUGUUUUUUUCCUCAUAUUUUAUAUUUUUGAAUUUAUUGCUGAUGAUUAUCAUUUAUGUGGCAUAUUUCUCCCCUUGACUACAUUCUUGAGGUGGGAUGGUGGAGUCUUUGUGAUUCUACCCGUUUUAGCUCACUUUUUUCAUCUUAUGUUGUUUCGAUUAUGUAUUUGAAAAACUUUCCUUUAUAACUUAUAUUUGAAGAUAAUCUAUACUCUUAUCCACAAUUUUUCUUCUGAUU